UCUCAUAAGGAGCAUGUGAUGGCGUCGUCGCGGUCUUCUUCUUCUUCUUCUUCUUCUUCUCCAGUGCCAUUCUGAGAGAGGGAUUGCCCAUCUAAAUCUUGUGAAGUUUCUUCGUCAGGUUCAUUAGUUAUCUGCCGAUCUCCGAGGACAGAAUGUUGGAGGACGUGCUUCAUCCACCUCAACAGCUUCCAACUGAUGAUAUGUCGAGCCUGUUAAGUGCUCAACUGUUAGAACUUUGCGACCCCGAAUUAUUUUCGGAAAGUAUACAGAACUCUGAGAUCACAUCUUGUUCAAACUGCUGCUACGAAGAGUACCCUGAUUCUUCCAAAUUUUCUUUACCUGAAGAUUCGCAAGACCUUGGCUAUCUCCUGCAGGAAGACCAUGGAAUCAAUACUAACAUGACUCCUACCACAACUGCGAGUAACACCACAACCGUCGCCAUUGCUAACUACAACAGAAAUGAAACAGCAAUCUUUGAUCAGCAAGAAGAUGUCGAUAAUGACAUUUCUGCUUCGAUCGAUUUCUCUCCCUCCCCUCCAUUUUCGGUUUCCCCAUUCGUCUGUCCUCAACAAGACCAUCUGAUGAUGGAUUUCCCUUCAGUGCAACUGACAGAAAACCAACUUCCACUAACCAAUAGCACUGACGGGCUAUCAAAUUUUACUCGCAAAACUAUGUCGCCGUUAAUUGGCCCUCCAUUGAUUGCCUCAGUGUUCAAAGAAGAUUGCUUGUCAUCCAUGCCUCCAUAUAUUCCUUUGGACCCUGCGUCGCCCUCGUGCUCCUUCAUUGGCCCGAUGAGCAUGUACCUGCCGGGGAAUAUGACUGGCACAUUAUAUGCAGAUAGGUCAGGAAUCUUCUCGGGAAGUUUUCUAAUAAAAGCAGAUUUGCAAGCUCGACAUCGGGAUUACAAGUGUGACAAUAACGGUGGAAUCUUUUGCUCGGAUCCGACCCAGGUGCCUAUGCCUGAGGACAUGCAGGCAUUUUGCGCCGAGAGCCAAAAGCUGAUGGAUGGGAAUUCGAGUUCUGCACCUUUCGCGACAGAUAUUUCAAACUUAGAAGACCCAACUUACAAAGUAGGAAAGCUCUCGGUUGAGCAGAGGAAGGAGAAGAUCCAUCGGUACAUGAAGAAGAGGAACGAAAGGAACUUCAGCAAGAAGAUUAAGUACGCGUGCCGCAAAACACUGGCAGACAGCCGUCCGCGAGUGAGAGGGAGAUUUGCAAAGAACGAUGAAUUCGAGGAGAACUCUAGGCUCGCUUGUGGACAUCUUGAGGACAAUGAAAAGGAAGAAGUGGCUGUGAAAGAGGAUGACAUGAUGGAUGCAUCUGAUAUCUUUGCUCAUAUCAGUGGAGUCAAUUCCUUCAACUACUCAAUCCAAUCUUGGAUUUGAAUAGCCAGAUCUUACAGACCCGAGCAUUGCCAUUACUCAAUUUUUGCAGGACUCGGCGAAACCCGGGUCUCUGUUUCGGCAGACCGGUCAGCUAACAAGAAUUAUGUUAGUCAGGAUUAAUUAGUAUGACAACAAGAAUUAAUGUACUUCUGUGUAUAUAAGAAUCUGUAUGUUACAAAGAAUAUCCACCAGACUGUGUAGACCCGAAACAGGGAAAUAGGUAAUCACCAAUUGGAUGAUGAAGAAACACAGAUGAUGUUAUUAUAUUAAAACAUAAGUAGAUACAUAAGACGAUAUUAAGGGGUUUUGUGCAUGAAAGGGAAGAAAAUGGAAGUUA